AUGAGGGCAUUAUUGCUCAGUCCCGAGCGACAUUUGCAAGGAGCUUGGCUCCUAAAUCUGAAAUCCGAGCUCGAGAAGCGCAAUUCUGCGAAAGUCGAGGUCGACAUUGUCGCAAUUGAGCACUGGGGACAAAGCCAUUUCGACACAUUGGAACAGUCACCCUGGGACGUAGCAGUCAACCGAGUUUCUGACGCCUCCGAGCCUGCCGUGGCCAAGAUGGCACUCGUCAUUAUGAGGCAGCUGGAGCUCCGUGGGGUUCCAGUCAUCAAUCCCAGCUCGGCAUAUUCCUUGUUGAUGAGUAAGUCCGGGCACCACGCAGUGUUGCGGCUCGCGGGAGUGGAAAUGCCAGAGUCUACUUUUGUCAAUGGUCUGGGCCUCACAGCAAACAGCAGCCAGGCUCUCUCCCUCCUGACGCAGCCAGAAGGGAAGUUCCCCUUGCUGUACAAGCCCUGUGCUGCCGCUUAUGCGAAAGGUGUGGUGACGAUGAACGACAAGGCUGAACUGGAGGCCUUCGCCAGCCAGGUCCAGUCCUUCGUGAAUUCUCCUUCCUCGCAGGUGAGCCCGCUAGGAAACGACCAUACAGGAUUCCUGCAAAAGUUCUGUGCUCCAGACCUUGGACAGUACUUUCGGGUUUUCGUCCUCGAUGGCAAGUUCCAGUGUGCCAUCAAAGUUGUGCCACGGGACGAGUCCGGACCCGGAGCCGCCGGAGCCGCCGGAGCAGUUACUUCUACCUGUGCCUGCUCAGCCAACAAGACCGCUUCGUCCCCGCUCCGUUUCUUCGCCUACACUCCGACGGAGGAGGAGGCCGCAGAGGCAGUCCGGAUCCUUUCCCAGGUUGCGAAAGCCGAUUGCGGAUCGGUGGAGUUCCUUCUCAUCGAGGGCAAGCGCCUCUACUUUGAUGUCAACUUGCUCUCGCAUCUGCCCGUUCGCGACGUGUCUUCCGACACAUUCCCGGGCUUUGAAGAUCCGGAGGGCCUUUGGUCAAAUCGCAAUUUUUAUGCCGAGCUCGCAAUGUUGUGCUUGAGCAGAGGCAGAUCUCGCCAAAGUCAGCCUGCCCAUCCGCCCGCACAGCGACAAACUGCCGGUACUUGCGUAGUGUCCUGA